UUCGCGCCGGCCCAGCCGGGCAGGGAGCGCGGGGCCGCCAUCUUGGCUGAGGGCACGGCCGCGGGCGCGGGGAGCAGGGAAUUGCAGCGAAUCCGCGCGGCCAUGGGGAGGAUCGGGCUGCAGCUCCGCGCCACGCUGGAGAACAUCACCCGGCUAAGGGCCGAGGGCGAGGACUUCCGCUGGUACCUCAAGCUGAAAUGUGGGAACUGCGGUGAAGUCUCCGAAAAGUGGCAGUACCUGCGGCUGAUGGACAGUGCUCCCCUGAAAGGCGGCCGAGGAAGCGCCACGAUGGUGCAGAAGUGCAAGCUGUGCUCCAGGGAGAGCUCCAUCGAUAUUUUAAGUCAGACAAUCAAGCCUUACAAUGCCGAAGACAGCGAGAAAUUCAAAACAAUUGUGGAGUUUGAAUGCCGAGGUCUGGAACCAGUUGAUUUUCAACCACAGGCAGGGUUUGCUGCUGAAGGUGCAGAGUCUGGCACACCUUUCAAUGACAUAAACUUGUUAGAAAAGGAUUGGAAUGACUAUGAUGAAAAAACAAAGGAAUCUGUUGGAAUCUAUGAAGUUACCCAUAAAUUUGUAAAAUGCUGAAGUUCAUACCCCUAACAAAUUAUGACAUGGUUAUUGAUGGAGGAGCUGUAAACAUCAGAUAUGCAGCUUCCUUGGAGUUACUUUUUUACAUGGCUGCACUUCAGAAAUGGAUACCUAAGUUCACAGAAUCAUUUAGGGUGGAAAUGAUCUCCAAGAUUGAGUUCAACCUUUGACCGACAUCGUUGAGUUGUACUUUCCGUCCCCAGCAUGCCCUAAUAAAAUAUUUCCCAUGGA